GUGGAUGAAUAUUCUCACUCUCACACACGCACACCGAGGAGGAGGAGGAAACCCACUUGGAGCGCGGAUCGUCGAUUUUACGCAUCGCGGACGCACGGAUGGCACAGCGUUCCUGGACAGGAUGACGCAUUUUUACACUUUGUUCGAGUUAUUUCUGUGAAAGAUACAUACGGGAGAACGGCGAGAGGCAGAGCGGACACUUAUGGUUUGGUGUCAGGCUCCCUCAGCCGGUCGCGUCUCCUCUCCGCUCCUGUGCGGUCUCCGUGACUCCUUCUUGCGCUGCGCUACUUUUCCGAGGACACGAAAUGGGAGGCAGGGGCGCACCGGGAUGCUGCCUGCCGGCGGCGCUGUACUGUCUCCGUCUCAUGCUCCUGUUGCUGAUCCAGCUGCGGAGCUGCGAAGGAAACAUCACCGUGGCCGUGAUGCUGCCGUACAACCAUCACAAGUACCCGUGGGCCAUGCCGCGAGUCUUCCCGGCCAUCCUGAUGGCUCACGAAGACCUACACGGUAAACAUGGGCUGCUGCUGGGCCGAUCGGUGCAAAUCCUCAACUACAGUACCGACGACCCCGUCGCCGGCUCGUGCGCAGAGAGCCGCGCACAGGUGGUGGCCGUUGACGCCAAGCUCUAUAACCGACCGGACGCGUUUUUUGGACCCGGCUGCGUGUACCCGCUGGCCUCCGUGGGCCGGUUCGCCUCCCACUGGAAGCUGCCGCUCAUCACGGCCGGAGGUCCCGCGUACGGUUUCGAUAAGCGGGAUGAGUACAGCACCAUCGUGCGCAGCGGACCGUCCACCACCAAACUUGGGGACUUUGCCUGCGUCCUGCACACGCACUUCAACUGGACCUCACGGGCCGUGGUCAUUUUCUACGACCUGCGGCAGGACGACCGGCCGCAUUACUUUCUGUCGGAGGGGAUUUUCCUGAACCUGAAGGAGGAGAUGAACAUGACGGUGGAGGCGCAGCCGUACGAGAACGACCACAAGCACUACAAAGAACUCAUCUCCUUCAUGAAGGAGCACGGAAGAAUCAUUUACCUCUGUGGACCUCUUGAGACUUUCCUCAACAUCAUGAAACUGUUCCAGGCCGAGAUCCACGACCCAGAAAACUAUGCCAUCUUCUAUCUGGAUGUGUAUGCUGAGAGUUUGACGGAUCGAAAACCAUGGCAGAACCAAGAUUCAGACUGGACUGAUCCCAUCAGCGCUUUUAAGUCUGUUUUCGUGAUCACAUACCGACUACCUGACAAUCCCGAAUUCAAGGUCUUCCAGAAGAAACUUCAUGCCAGAGCUAAGAGGGAUUUUGGAGUCCACUUGGAACCGUCCUUGAUGGACUACAUCGCCGGAAGCUUCUACGACGGCUUCGUGUUGUACGCGCGGGCCCUUGAGGAGACGCUUGCAAUGGGCGGGGCCCAGAACGAUGGCAUCAACAUCACCAUGAGGACGCAGAACCGCAGAUUCUGGGGCGUGACUGGACUCGUGACCACAGAUCACAAAAAUGCCCGGGACAUAGAUGUGGACGUGUGGGCAAUGACGGACCAGAACACAGGGGAGUAUGGGCUGGUUGCGUACUACAACGGAACCACCAGAGACAUCAUUUGGUCCCAGACAGAGAAGAUCCAGUGGCUGGGCGGGGCACCACCACUGGACAACCCCCCCUGUGUGUUUUCCAAAGAUGACCCCACCUGUAUCGACGACCAUCUGCCAGUCCUUGGGAUUGUAGCUGUGGGUUCUGGACUGGCUCUGAUCAUCUUUGGAAUCUCCAGUUUCCUCAUUUACAGGAAACUGAAGCUGGAGAAGGAACUGGCCGGAAUGUUGUGGCGGAUCAGGUGGGAGGAUCUUCAGUUUGAGAGUCCCAACAAGUAUCAUAAAAGAGCCGGAAGUCGACUGACGCUGUCUCAGAGAGGCUCCAGCUAUGGCUCCUUGAUAACUGCCCAUGGAAAAUAUCAGCUAUUUGCAAAAACGGGCUAUUUUAAGGGGAACCUGGUGGCCAUCAAACACGUGAACAAGAAGAGGAUAGAACUGACCCGACAAGUUCUCCUGGAGCUCAAACACAUGAGAGACGUUCAGUUCAACCACCUCACCAGGUUCAUCGGGGCCUGUAUUGACCCGCCCAACAUCUGCAUCGUCACAGAGUACUGUCCGAGAGGAAGUCUGCAGGAUAUUUUGGAGAACGAGAGCAUCAACCUGGACUGGAUGUUUCGUUACUCUCUGAUCAACGACAUCGUGAAGGGAAUGAACUAUCUCCACAACAGCUACAUCGGCUGCCAUGGAAAUCUGAAGUCAUCUAAUUGCGUGGUGGACAGUCGCUUUGUUUUGAAAAUCACAGAUUACGGCUUGGCCAGCUUCCGCACAUCCUGCGAAAAUGACGACUCGCAUGCACUCUACGCAAAAAAACUCUGGACGGCUCCUGAGCUUCUCAUAUACGACCGCCACCCUCCACAGGGGACACAGAAGGGUGAUGUCUACAGCUUUGGCAUCAUCCUGCAGGAGAUCGCCUUGAGGAACGGACCCUUCUACGUGGAGGGCAUGGACCUCAGCCCCAAAGAGAUCGUACAGAAGGUCAGGAACGGUCAGAAACCCUACUUCAGACCAACCACUGACAGUAGGUGUCACUCCGAGGAGCUGACCAUCCUGAUGGAGGGUUGCUGGGCCGAGGACCCCGCAGAGAGGGCAGACUUUGGCCACAUCAAGAUCUACGUGGCCAAAUUGAACAAAGAGGGCAGCACCUCCAUCCUCAACAAUCUACUGUCCAGGAUGGAGCAGUACGCCAACAACCUCGAGAACCUCGUAGAGGAGCGAACGCAGGCCUACUUGGAGGAGAAACGGAAAGCUGAGAACCUCCUCUACCAAAUACUACCACAUUCGGUAGCAGAGCAGCUAAAACGAGGUGAGACCGUCCAGGCCGAGGCCUUCGACAGCGUCACCAUUUACUUCAGCGACAUCGUUGGCUUCACCUCCAUGUCUGCGGAGAGUACGCCGCUACAGGUGGUCACGUUGCUCAACGACCUCUACACCUGCUUUGACGCCAUCAUUGACAACUUUGACGUCUACAAGGUGGAGACCAUCGGAGACGCCUACAUGGUGGUGUCUGGGCUACCGGUACGGAACGGGAAACUUCACGCCAGAGAGAUUGCGGGGAUGUCGCUGGCCUUGUUAGAGCAGGUCAAGACCUUCAAGAUCCGCCACAGACCCAACGACCAGCUGAGACUCCGGAUUGGGAUACACACAGGUCCGGUCUGUGCUGGCGUGGUCGGACUGAAAAUGCCCAGAUAUUGUUUGUUUGGUGAUACGGUCAACACAGCAUCCAGAAUGGAGUCCAACGGGGAGGGUGAGUGUUUGACUUUGUUCAAUCUUGAGCUAAAGCAGUGGCCUGUGCCUAAAAUAAAACAUGGCUAAUCACAGCAGUCUGCGUGAAAACAUUUCCCUCGUUUCAAAUUAAGCUGAUUCUUUUCCAACGCAGCAGGGCAACUGUUUUCUUUACCGUGGUAAACAUUACCUUGUAUGGGAACUACUGUAUCUCCAGCCGUGGACUGAUACACGGACUACACCAUGGAAGGUGUGUGUUGGGUGGUAUUGAAUAACCCAGUGCAGCGGCAGCUUAAUGAUUUGUUUUGAAGGCUGUAAUGGAGACUGUGUUGAAGAAUACAAGAAGGUCACAGAGUCUGUGAAAUGAUAACAAGAAGAAGAAGAAGAACAACAACAAUAAUAAU